AUGUUCGAUGACUUAAAGGAAAAGUUGGCGAGGGAAAGAAGAAGUAGAGAGAGAAUUGAGUUGUUCAAUACCAAAUUGUUACAUGAACUUGCUGAAGUCAACUUAUUAGCCAAACAGUUUAUGACAAAUUACGAGAAAGAAAAGAAAGAAAGAGAAUUAAUUGCGGAAUUGUGUAAUGAAUUAGUCACGCAAAUAGGAGAAGACAAGGCUAAGCUUAAGGUACUGAGCAAUUCCAUAGAUCUUUGUGAGGAAGUGGAAGAAGAAAGGAAAAUGAUGCAAAUGGCCGAUCUAUGGCGUGAAGAGCGUGAACAAAUGAAGUUAGUUGAUGCGCAACUUGUUCUUGAAGAAAAAUAUAAUCAAAUGGUCCAAUUGAUAGAUUUUCUUCAAAUGUUCUUAAUAUCAAGGGGCAGUGAACUAGACACCACAGAACUAAAGGACGUUGAGUUGAUCAAACAAGCAGUUGAAUCAGUAAAUAUUCAACGUAUUGUGGAGCUUUCAUAUGAUUUCUCAAAGUCAAACGAUAUAGUUUCCAUUUUUGAAACUCAUGAUGGAGAAGGGUUCAAUAAAAACUCUAUGUUCCAUCAAUCAAGUUCCUCCACUGUUGAGGAUCGGAAGUUUAGCUCAACACCACAAAAAGGAGACACCUAUCUCAUUAAUGUUAACCAAGACAAUGAUAUAUCUGAGAGUGAAGCAGAAUGUAGUGAAAAGGCAUGUUUGAAAUUUCUAAAGACGGGAGUUAAUAGGGUAUGUUCUAAUUCUAUAUCAGCAGAACAAACAAAGUGGAAAGCUUCUCCUGCGGCCUCUAAACGUGGAACAACGACAAUUUCUUCAAAAUCUUUUCAACAUAAAAGGGCAAGACAAAGGAACCCACACAUAACUCGUGGGAUGAAAGGAUGCUUAGAAUGGCCACGUGGCAUUCCAAAAUCUCAUUCCAAGGUUAUUCCAUUGGAAGAAAUAGUGAAAAGCCAGAAAUCUCAGUUGCAACACAUACUUAAGCACAAGGCUUAA